AUGCAAGCCCCUGUGUUGGACGCAAAAGGAGCAUUAUUAAGUAUGGAUGGUGCAUCCCAUAAUACAGGUUUAUCUCUUAGGAUAUUUAAGGCUGACCUCCAUGAGAAUAGUCUAAAGAGAGGAAAACGAGUUAGGGCAAAGACUAUAGUUGUUCUCUCGAGGGCGAGAAAGGGAAAUAGAAUUUACAACACUAAAAACCAUAUAGAUUCCAGGCAUGAUCCCAUAUAUAG